AUGGAAAGAGUGGACGCAGGUGAUGGGACGCCAGGCGAAAAAUAUUUUACUGGUCAAACUUCCAGGAAUUGCCAAGGCGAACAAUAUUCCUCGAAAUAUCAGCCAACUGUUGUUGAUGGCCUCCAUGAAAUCGACGAUAAUGAUGCUGAUGAUUCUUUCGCCAAUGAUGAUCUCGGGGAUUCAGACGUCGAGGCCGUCUUGGACGACGCACGCAGAUUCCUGGGGGACAUUUCUGCCGGUCAUGAGAGCCACCCCAGUGGGGCAGCGAAUACGGAGUUAGACCCAAAUGCUUCAGUCCCAGCCUCCUGCCUAGCUGACGAUGAUGAUCGGCAUGCGCUGCCCAUCAAGGAACAAAUAGAUAUAUCGGAGGCUUUUUCGGAGAAGGGGAGCCACGAAUUGCGUCGUAAGCGGAGACUUUCAUCGACUGUUGGUCCCCAGUCACCUCCUACCAUCCAGGAAUCUCAGGGCCCGCCUUCACAAUGGCGUGAGCCAAAUGGCAUCAGUCCCUCCCAACCUAGAUAG